AUGUUUCCACAUUUUGAUAUCCUGGACAUCAUCCCCAAGACCGUCUCUGUCGAGUCCAUCAGUGCAGACAUCGAGGAGAACGGCGUCCGUCUGCGUUUGACCGUCGUCGACACCCCCGGAUUCGGAGACUUCGUCAACAACGACGACUCGUGGCGUCCCAUUGUCGAGAACAUCGAGCAGCGGUUUGAUGCCUACCUCGACGCUGAGAACAAGGUCAACCGCAUGAACAUUGUUGACAACCGUGUGCACGCCUGUGUCUACUUCAUCCAGCCCACCGGCCACUCUCUGAAGCCAUUGGACAUUGAGGUUAUGCGCCGUCUGCACACCAAGGUUAACCUGAUCCCAGUCAUUGCUAAGGCCGACACCCUGACCGACGAAGAGAUUGCGCUCUUCAAGCAGAGAAUCUUGGCCGAUAUCCAGCACCACUCAAUCCAGAUCUUCGAGGGCCCACGCUACGAGCUGGACGACGAGGAGACCAUUGCCGAGAACAAGGAGAUCAUGUCCAAGGUCCCCUUUGCCGUGGUCGGUGCCAACUCUGAAGUGACCAGCGCUGACGGCCGCAAAGUGCGUGGCCGCCGCUACCCCUGGGGCGUCAUCGAGGUCGACAACGAGGAGCAUUGCGACUUUGUGAAGCUGCGCCAGAUGCUGAUCCGCACACACAUGGAGGAGCUCAAGGAGCACACCAACAACACGCUGUACGAGAACUACCGCUCGGACAAGCUGACGCAGAUGGGCGUGACACAGGACCCAAGCGUCUUCAAGGAGGUCAACCCGGCCGUGAAGCAGGAGGAGGAGCGCGCCCUGCACGAGCAGAAGCUGGCCAAGAUGGAGGCCGAGAUGAAGAUGGUCUUCCAGCAAAAGGUGCAGGAGAAGGAGAGCAAGCUGAAGCAGUCCGAAGAGGAGCUGUUUGCCCGACAUCGCGAGAUGAAGGAGCAGCUCGACCGACAGCGCCAGGAGCUGGAGGAGAAGAAGGCCCGUCUCGAGAGCGGACGGCCGCUGGAAGACAAGAUAAAGCGAAAGGGAUUCUCGCUCCGUUGAACUGUCCUUUGUCUUUUCACUCCGUCUCUCUCUCUUCCGCCUUCUAUGCUUCUUCUUCUCUGCCAUGCUAUGUCCCUCCAGUCCCAAGUCCAGACAUUGUUUCUUAUCUUCUCUUUCUAUCCUCUCACUCACUCACUCUUGACCUCUCCUACUCGAAAUUAAUGCUACUAUCCCCCUCG